CGCGCUCUGCGGCGGGCUCUAGGCGAUGCCGAGCAGCUCGGACACGGCGCUGGGGGGAGGCGGGGGCCUGAGCUGGGCGGAGAAGAAGUUGGAGGAACGCCGCAAGCGGAGGCGAUUCCUGUCCCCUCAGCAGCCGCCGCUGCUGUUGCCGCUCCUGCAGCCGCAGCUCCUGCAACCGCCGCCGCCCCCGCCGCCUCUGCUCUUCCUGGCUGCUCCCGGCACGGCCGCCGCCGCAGCCGCCGCCGCCGCGGCCUCCUCCUCUUGCUUCAGCCCGGGCCCCCCUCUGGAGGUCAAGCGGCUGGCGAGAGGCAAGAGGCGCGCAGGAGGGCGGCAGAAGCGGCGCCGCGGGCCCCGCGCCGGGCAGGAGGCGGAGAAGCGUCGGGUCUUCUCGCUGCCCCAGCCGCAGCAGGACGGCGGUGGCGGUGCUAGUAGCGGCGGGGGUGUGACCCCGCUGGUGGAAUACGAGGAUGUGAGCUCCCAGUCCGAGCAGGGGCUGCUGCUGGGGGGGGCCAGCGCGGCAACGGCGGCGACGGCUGCCGGGGGAACGGGGGGCAGCGGCGGGAGUCCGGCCUCCUCCUCCGGCACCCAGCGGCGCGGGGAGGGGUCGGAGCGCAGGCCCCGCCGGGACCGCCGCAGCAGCAGCGGCCGCAGCAAGGAGCGCCACCGCGAGCACCGGCGGCGGGACGGGCAGCGCGGCGGCAGCGAGGCCUCCAAGUCCCGCAGCCGCCACAGCCACAGCGGCGAGGAGCGGGCCGAGGCCGCUAAGAGCGGCAGCAGCAGCAGCAGCGGCGGCCGCCGGAAAAGCGCCUCGGCCACGUCUAGCAGCAGCAGUAGCCGCAAGGAUCGAGACCUGAAGGCUCACCGGAGCCGGACUAAGUCGUCCAAGGAGCCGCCUUCGGCCUACAAGGAGCCGCCCAAGGCCUACCGGGAGGACAAGAGCGAGCCCAAGGCCUACAGGCGGCGGCAGCGGUCCCUGAGCCCGCUGGGAGGCCGGGACGACAGCCCGGUGUCCCACAGGGCCUCGCAGAGCCUGAGAAGCCGCAAGUCCCCCAGCCCGGCAGGAGGUGGCAGCAGCCCGUACUCUCGGCGGCUGCCACGCUCCCCGAGCCCCUACAGCCGCCGCCGCUCCCCCAGCUACAGCCGCCACAGCUCCUACGAGCGGGGCGGCGACGUGUCCCCGAGCCCCUACAGCAGCAGCAGCUGGCGCCGCUCCCGGAGCCCCUACAGCCCGGUGAUCAGACGUUCUGCCAAAUCCCGAAGCAGAAGCCCAUAUUCCUCUAGGCAUUCAAGAUCUCGUAGCAGGCACAGGUUGUCUCGAUCCAGAAGCCGUCACUCUAGCAUUUCUCCUAGCACACUAACUCUGAAGAGUAGCCUGGCAGCCGAGUUGAACAAGAAUAAAAAAGCACGGGCUGCAGAGGCAGCAAGAGCUGCAGAAGCCGCGAAAGCUGCAGAAGCAGCUAAGGCUGCUGAGGCUGCUGCCAAAGCUGCCAAAGCCUCCAACACUUCUACACCUACGAAGGGGAGCACGGAGACGGGUGCCGGUGCAUCUCAAACAAACCAUGUGAAGGAUGUGAAGAAACUGAAAACAGAACACGCACCUUCUCCGUCAAGUGGUGGGACUUUAAAAAACGACAAGGCAAAAACAAAGCCACCUCUUCAGGUAACCAAGGUGGACAAUAAUUUGAUUGUAGAUAAAGCCGCCAAGAAAGCAGUUGUAGUUGGGAAGGAGAGUAAAUCUGCUGCUACAAAGGACGAACCAGUAUCUCUUAAAGAGAAAACCAAACCACUUACACCAAGUUUAGGAGCCAAGGAGAAGGAGCAACAUGUGGCUUUAGUGACCUCUACGUUACCACCAUUACCUUUGCCUCCCAUGCUGCCUGAAGAUAAAGAUGCCGAUAGUUUACGAGGAAAUAUUUCAGUAAAAGCAGUUAAAAAAGAAGUAGAGAAGAAACUACGAUGUUUACUUGCUGAUUUACCACUGCCCCCUGAGCUACCAGGAGGAGAUGAUCUCUCAAAGAGUCCAGAAGAAAAGAAAACAACAACACAGUUACAUAGUAAAAGGAGGCCUAAAAUAUGUGGGCCUCGCUAUGGUGAAAUCAAAGAAAAAGAUAUUGACUGGGGAAAACGCUGCGUGGAUAAAUUUGAUAUCAUCGGAAUUAUUGGAGAAGGUACCUAUGGACAAGUUUACAAGGCCAGGGAUAAAGACACUGGAGAAAUGGUAGCCUUAAAGAAAGUACGUCUAGAUAAUGAAAAGGAAGGCUUUCCAAUUACAGCAAUUCGAGAAAUUAAAAUUCUCCGGCAGCUUACCCACCAGAGUAUUAUCAAUAUGAAGGAAAUAGUGACUGAUAAAGAAGAUGCUUUGGAUUUUAAGAAGGAUAAAGGUGCAUUUUAUCUGGUGUUUGAAUAUAUGGACCAUGAUCUGAUGGGACUACUGGAAUCAGGCUUGGUUCAUUUUAAUGAAAAUCACAUAAAGUCAUUUAUGAGACAGCUUAUGGAAGGCCUGGAUUAUUGUCAUAAGAAGAACUUUUUGCAUAGAGAUAUUAAAUGUUCAAAUAUUCUUCUAAAUAAUAGAGGGCAAAUAAAACUUGCAGAUUUUGGACUUGCUCGAUUGUAUAGCUCAGAAGAAAGUCGGCCGUAUACUAACAAGGUCAUCACUUUAUGGUACCGUCCACCUGAACUGCUGUUGGGAGAAGAAAGAUACACACCAGCCAUUGAUGUAUGGAGCUGUGGAUGUAUCCUCGGUGAACUCUUCACUAAAAAACCUAUAUUUCAAGCAAAUCAGGAACUUGCACAACUAGAGUUAAUAAGCCGUAUAUGUGGGAGUCCAUGUCCUGCAGUGUGGCCUGAUGUAAUCAAACUACCAUAUUUCAACACCAUGAAACCAAAGAAGCAAUAUCGUCGAAAGUUAAGAGAAGAAUUUGUUUUUAUUCCUGCAGCCGCAUUAGACUUAUUUGAUUACAUGCUCGCCUUGGAUCCUAGUAAGCGCUGCACUGCAGAACAGGCUCUUCAGUGCGAAUUCCUUCGGGACGUGGAGCCCUCAAAGAUGCCUCCACCAGAGAGGUUUUUACACGCUGAGGCAAUGCACCAUAGUAAGAUGGCUGAGAGUCUUCCUUUAUGGCAAGAUUGUCAUGAGCUGUGGAGUAAAAAGCGAAGAAGACAGAAGCAGAUGGGCAUGACCGAUGAUGUUUCAACAAUUAAAGCCCCCAGAAAGGACUUGUCUCUUGGCUUAGAUGACAGCAGGACCAGCACACCGCAGGGCGUGCUGCCGUCUUCACAGCUGAAACCUCAGGGCAACUCGAACGUAGCGCCUGUAAAAACAGGCCCUGGACAGCAGUUAAACCACAGUGAAUUGGCAAUUCUACUAAACCUACUACAGUCUAAAACAAGUGUUAAUAUGGCUGAUUUUGUCCAAGUGUUGAACAUUAAGGUAAACUCUGAGACUCAACAGCAGCUAAAUAAAAUAAACCUUCCUGCUGGAAUUUUGGCAACAGGUGAAAAACAGACAGACCCAUCCACACCACAACAGGAGUCUUCGAAACCAUUGGGAGGAACUCAGCCUUCUUCUCAGAGCGCGCAGCCUAAAGUGGAGACUGAUGCUGCCCAGGCGGCCGUGCAGAGCGCUUUCGCAGUUCUGCUGACUCAGUUAAUAAAGGCCCAGCAGUCCAAGCAGAAAGACGUGCUACUGGAAGAGAGGGAAAAUGGGUCGGGACAUGAAGCGUCAUUACAACUCAGGCCACCUCCAGAACCUAGCACUCCGGCAUCGGGGCAAGAUGACCUCAUUCAGCACCAAGAUAUGAGGAUGUUGGAGCUCACCCCAGAACCGGACCGGCCUCGUAUCCUCCCUCCUGAUCAGCGACCUCCUGAACCGCCUGAACCACCACCAGUGACCGAAGAAGAUCUGGAUUAUCGGACAGAAAACCAGCACGUACCCACCACCAGUUCUUCGUUAACUGACCCUCAUGCCGGAGUGAAAGCCGCCCUGUUACAGCUGCUCGCUCAGCAUCAGCCCCAGGAUGAUCCCAAAAGAGAAAGUGGUAUGGAUUACCAGGCAGGAGACACUUAUGUGCCCACAUCAGACUACAAGGACAAUUUUGGAUCCUCUUCUUUCUCUUCCGCUCCUUAUGUUAGCAAUGAUGGUCUGGGAAGUAGCUCUGCUCCUCCACCAUUGGAACGACGUAGCUUCAUUGGAAACUCAGAUAUUCAGUCUUUGGAUAACUACAGUACUUCUUCAUCUCAUUCUGGUGGUCCACCUCAGCCUUCUGCCUUUUCCGAGUCAUUUCCCAGUUCAGUAGCUGGAUACGGAGACAUUUACCUCAAUACUGGUCCCAUGUUGUUCAGUGGAGACAAGGACCAUAGAUUUGAAUAUAGCCAUGGACCCAUUGCAGUCCUGGCGAACAGCAGUGACCCUCCCACAGGGCCAGAGAGUACUCAUCCUUUGCCAGCAAAGAUGCACAACUAUAACUAUGGUGGUAACUUACAGGAAAACCCGGGUGGCCCCGGCCUCAUGCAUGGACAGACCUGGACUUCUCCUGCCCAAGGACCUGGAUAUUCACAAGGAUACAGGGGACACAUUAGCACAUCAGCUGGCAGAGGUCGAGGCAGAGGGUUACCAUACUGAGUAUCUGUUUUUCCUCAGGCACAUCAUUUUUAUCUGGAAAGACUUUUCUAGCUGCAAUUUAAGGCAGCAAUCCAAGAGACUUGAAUAAUAUUAAUUCAACAACAGCUUUAUUUUUAUGUGGAAAAGGGUCUUGCAUACAAUAGUUAAAAAAAAAAAGAAAAAAAACCUUUGCUUAAAUUCAUGCUGUUCUAAAAACUAGAUCUAUUGAUUGUACAUCUUCACAAAUUCUAGUUAACAAUUUUAUUUUGUAUUCUUGCAGUUUUACGUGGAUGCUAAUCUUAGGGACAUAAGAGUCUUUUAUGGCCCUCUUGCAGAUCUUCUGAACUAUGCACAUUUGUGCUUUUUUUGUAAGUUUGGACCAACUUUUAUGUAACAACCAACCAACCCCUCCCCCCCUCCAGUUUUACAACAAUCAGAAAGGGCACUGAUUUAUUUGGUAUUUUUCUUUUUACAAAGCUACCUUUAGUCAAAGGUCACUGUCAGUCUUUGCACCUGCUUCCAGUGUUAUUGUGAAAGGUGUACUUUGUGCUCACUUCAGAAAAUAAAACACAACCUUUCUCUUGAUGCAACAGUUUUAUAAAAAAAAAAUGGUCAACGUUAUUUUUGUUUUAUUUUGCAGAUUAUCAUAGCCGAGCAAAAUGCAUUCAAAUGAAAUAGUGGGUUUUAUAUGAAAAAUAUGGGGUGGGGAGGGUAAGUAAGUGCCUUAACAGGUAAGCUGAAGGUCUGAAAAAGCAGUUAACCUUUACACCCAUUUUGUCUUCUAAAGGGAAUCAAUACUGUAUUGAAGAGGCAGGGAGCUCUCCAGUGUUUAGGGACUGCUGCCUGUUCAGUUCCCGCUAGACUCAUUCCCUCUGCCUGUCACACUUUCUUCUUUCCUGCCUGUCUUUGGGCUAUGUUACCUUCCACUACCACCUUGUCUUGCUAGGAGCGUGAGAGCAAAGAAAGGGAUUAGAACUCCAGUCAGUAUCUUGUUACUUCCAAGAAGUUCUAAAAAGUUACAUCAUUUAAGUGGUUGAAAGUAAUAGCUAAAUGAGAAUUUUAGAGUACCCGUUUUCAGGCUGCCAUAUUGUCCCUGUUUUCCUUUUGCCAUGGAUAAUUGGAGGGCAGUAGUGCAGAAGCAAGGCUUAAUAAACAGAAUUGCCUGAUUCUAUUAAAGUUCAUGGGGGGAGGGGAGGCAGACAUCAUAUUUUAAGUUACGCAAUUGCCAUUUUAAGAAAAAGCCGUUCAGUUUGUUAACUAGAAACUUUGCCUACACUGAAUUUAUUGAAACAAAAAGAAAAAGUAGUGAGAGAAAACCUCUUCUCUUCCUUCCUCUCACCUUACCUUCUGUGAGGUUUAUUAGGACUUCUGCCAGACUUAGAGCAACCUUAGUUCAUUUUAGCAUUUUUCUCUUUUAUUAAAAGCAGCAAAGAAGGAUGGACUAACCCUAUGUAAGCUGUAAUGGUGUCAAGUCUAACUAACUUCUCAUGCACGCUCAGGCACACGUACAAUUACAAUAAAUUCUCAAAAGGAACCAAAGGUGAAUAACCAGUGUUUCCAGUAUCCCUGAAUGGAAAAAUAAACUCUGGAAAUGAGAGCUGUGCCAAUUAACCAUUUUGUUUUAACUGUUCUUUCUCCUGGUAACUUACUUUUUCAUUGGAAUUGUAAAUCGGAAGAACUGUUUUAGAAUGGAAAUUUGCUCCAGUUCUAAAGUCAGUCUUUUAACCCCAUGCCCUCUGACUUGUGAACCUUCAUUUCAAAAUACUAUAUGGGAAGCAUUACAGUUUGGUGACAGCAAGGAUAUUUUAAAGUGGAUAUUUUACCAUUUUACUGCUAUAAAAUGAGUUGAUGUCAGUUGAUCAUUUUAUUUUUUUGAUGGAAUUUUUUUUUGUUAUUGGGGAGAAAAAUGAAUGGAAGAACAAUUAUUUUGCUUUUAUUUGAAUUUUGAGUACUAACAACUUAAAAGUACAUUGCAGGAGGUGAAGAAAUACUUCAAAUUUAGCAAAAUAGCUACAGUAUUCAACUAUCUCAAAUUUUAAUAUGGUGAGUCUUAGCGCUUUAGACUUUCCUAUAAGUGACAGUAUCUUAAGUUAUUCUUAAUAGUCACACUUGAUAAUUCUGCUGACCAUAGCAGCUAACCGAAAAUUGAAGAUAUUUAUGUGACAUGAAUAGCCUGUGUUUUAAAAAUUAAAUAUUUUAUAUAAAAUUGAA